AUGUUCGAGGCUCGCGCGGCAGAUUUAGCUGUCGACCCUACUGCGCUGGCCAAGUCCCGGACCGUUGCGACCGCAUUUGAAUACACCGACGAACGGGCGACCACCCCCACAGCCCUGUCCCGCUACUGCGGCCAGGUAGACAGCCACUUGCAGGACCCCCAGUCCAACCUCUCCCCCGUCAAAAUGGCCACCGGCUAUGCGAUCAGUCCCGAGCCCCCCGCGCUCUUCGUCCGGGCCAUGUAUGACUACGACGCCGACGAUCAUACCAGUCUGAGCUUCCGUCGCGGCGACAUCAUUCAGGUCCUCAACCAGCUCGAGACGGGAUGGUGGGAUGGGGUUAUCGAUAACGUUCGCGGUUGGUUCCCGAGUAACUAUUGCACAGUACUCACAGAAGCGGAUGAUUUUGGCGACCAGUUCGUGCACCCCCACGACACCGAUCUCAGUGCGGACUCCGGCCUGGAAGACGAUUAUGGCGAUGGACACGAAGACGACGAGGCGGACUCCGAAGGCAACUCGCGCGAUUCUCAGCCAAUUCUCCCUAUUGAGGGGGUUCCGGCCGCCAAGGAACAGGAAGAGGCCGCAUUCUGGAUUCCCCAGGCGACACCAGACGGUCGUCUUUUCUAUUUCAAUACUCUCACAGGCUAUUCUACCAUGGAGCUACCUUUCGAGAACCCUACAGCGACAAACGACGGCGGCCCCCGAGAUCGUAACAACUUUUUUGUUCCCGACCAGACUCGACCACCACCGGAGCUGAUGGCGCGUGGAUUCGAGCGAGACGAAGACGAGUACGAUGGAUCUGCAUCCGAGGCAGAAGGGGAAUCAUUAAUGCUGGCUUCACACGACUCGAUGUCCCGCCGACGCCAGUCCUUGAUGGAUGGAGUUUCUCCAGCCACAUCCAUGGACUCGCUGUAUGCUCCAACAGUGAACGACCGCAAAGGCUCGCAAGCGUCUGUCAAGCCACUUCAAAUAACGUACAGUUUGGGAGGAAACAGCAACAGCACCAGCACUUCUGUGGCCGAUAGCUUCUCCCGACCUUCGAUUUCUUCAAAUUUCCCCCAGCAUUUUGUCGACGAUGGCUUCGCACCUCCGAUCACUUGGUCUUUGCUCGUUGAUAACAUGCGCGGUGCUGUAGAGGCCUACAGCCAGACCCUUGUGAAUGGUGACCGUGCAGAAUACGUGAAAAAGGCCGAGGAUAUCUCCGAUCAUCUACGAAUGCUACUAGCUGCUGGAUCUGAUACAACAGACAAUCACUCCGGCAAUCCCUCAAUCAUCUCCACCAACAAGGCUUUGUAUCCCUACUUCAGAGACAUGAUGUCCAAGUUCUCGAAGCUGGUCCUUUCGUCUCACAUUGCUGCCGCUGAUUGGCCCGGAGCCGACUCAGUCAACAAAUGCUUACAGGAGGCAGAUGGUGUUAUGCAGGGUGUGUAUGGAUAUGUGGAUGUUGCCCAGCAGCAGCGUGGAGAUUUUAUCCACCGUAUUGUCCCGGGAUUCAUUGGUGGCAGCUCAUCUGGCGGCAGUUGGCAAAACAACGGUGUCUCAUUGAAUACAUCGGGUCCAACAUCAUUUUUGGUUCCAGAUGUAGGAGAUCCACGAGCCGAGCCCUCGGUGCCCCUCGAUACAGCUUUCCUCGAUUCGAUUGAUAUCCUCCGAAGAUCAUUCGUUGGCAGCAUCCGCCGACUAGAGGAGCGAUUGAUUAUCAACAAGAAGAUCGUUACCACCGAAGAACACGAAGACAUCGCCAAUGAAAUAUCAGCUGCUGCAAUCAAGGUGAUUGAACAGUUCCGCCCAUGGAUUUCGUCGGUCGAGUCGAUGAACUUGGCUCCUCUGGGAACCAGCUUCCAGAACCCCCAAUUAGUAGACUUCAGCUUGCAAAAGCAACGAGUCUAUGAUGCGAUUGGAGACUUCACCCUGGAUUGCCAGGCGAUUUCUGCACCUCUGGCCGAUGAAUGGGCUGAGCGUCGCGGGGAUUCGCUCGACGAUCGCAUAACCGCUGUGCGCGGUAUUGCUAGGCAACUGGAGAACUGCGUAUCUCAGAUCGGCUUCUCAUUGUCUCUUCUUCUUGAGCAAAUUCCCGCCGAACCUGCUCCAUCUUCACGCAGCGAAAGCCGCCAAGAAGUGGACGAUGAUAAAUUCAAGAACACUCACACUCGGGGUGACUCCCAAGCGAACAUUGCCACUGAGUCGAUUGGGAUUCCAUCUUCCUACGCUCCAGAAAAGGAGGCACCCGAGAAGGUCCGCAGAAAUAUGGACAAGGCACAGCGGUUCUUCGGCCAAGCACCACCGACAGCUAUCACCAGAGAGCCACUUCGGGAGCCCGUCCGCGAACCAGAAGAGACUCCUUGGUUCUUGAAGAUGGCCCAUGAAGGCGAGGUGUUCUACGAUAACAAGACUGAUUCACCAAUUCUAAAGUGCGGGACGCUCGCCGGAUUGGUGGAACAUCUUACUCGCCACGAUAAGCUUGAUGCUUCUUUCAACAACACAUUCCUCCUUACAUAUCGUUCUUUCACUACAGCCUCCGAGCUAUUUGAGAUGCUCGUCCAGCGAUUUAAUGUUCAACCGCCCUUCGGCCUGAGCCAAGAUGACAUGCAAAUGUGGAUCGAUCGCAAACAGAAGCCUAUCAGAUUCCGUGUGGUCAACAUCCUCAAGAGCUGGUUCGAUCACUUUUGGAUGGAGCCCAACGAUGAAGUGAAUAUGGAUCUUCUGCGAAGAGUCCACACCUUCACUCGUGACUCCAUCGCUACCACAAAGACCCCCGGAACACCUACAUUGCUGGCUGUGAUUGAGCAGCGACUCCGAGGACAGGACACAACCUCAAAGCGACUUGUUCCAACUCAAAGCACAGCCGCACCCCAGCCAAUUAUCCCCAAGAACAUGAAGAAACUCAAGUUCCUUGACAUUGACCCAACCGAGUUUGCUCGACAGUUGACUAUCAUCGAGUCGCGCCUUUACUCUAAGAUCCGACCGACUGAGUGUUUGAACAAAACAUGGCAGAAGAAGGUCGGGCCUGAUGAGCCCGAACCAGCCUCUAAUGUCAAGGCCUUGAUUCUCCACUCUAAUCAGCUUACCAACUGGGUGGCCGAGAUGAUUCUCGCCCAAGGCGACGUCAAGAAACGUGUGGUGGUCAUCAAACACUUUGUGAAUGUGGCUGAUAAAUGUCGCACUUUGAACAACUACUCAACACUCACAUCAAUUAUUUCGGCUCUCGGAACUGCCCCGAUCCAUCGUCUCGGUCGGACAUGGGGCCAGGUGAGCGGGCGGACGUCCGCAAUUCUGGAACAAAUGCGUCGGCUUAUGGCUAGUACGAAAAACUUUGGCGAAUACCGAGAGACCCUGCAUCUCGCCAACCCGCCCUGUAUUCCCUUUUUCGGUGUCUAUCUCACGGAUUUGACCUUCAUUGAAGAUGGAAUUCCAUCGCUUACACCAUCAGAACUGAUCAACUUUAACAAGCGGGCAAAGACUGCCGAAGUGAUUCGUGAUAUCCAGCAAUAUCAGAACGUGCCCUAUCUCCUACAACCAGUGGGUGAACUUCAGGACUAUAUUCUCAGCAACCUGCAAGGUGCUGGCGACGUACACGACAUGUACGAACGAAGCCUAGAGAUCGAGCCUAGGGAGCGCGAGGACGAGAAAAUUGCAAGGUAUGCCGAAGCCUCAACCAGAGACAAGGGUUCCCUGUUGUUUGCAUCCACCGUCGCUAUUUUGCGAUAA